AUGGCUCCUCCCUUUGUUUUCCCCCAAAUUCUGCGAGCCCUAGAAGAAGAUCCGGAAGACAAUCAUCGGCUGUUCGCUCAGAAUACCGUCGAUGUGACCUCUCUUCGCCCUUCUGAUCUCGAAGAGUUCGUCAAAGGUAACACUUUUUUCGGUGUUUCUCCAAUUUUACGAGUGCAAUUUGUCCUCUUGUUUCUCCAGUCUAAUUUUCGAGAAACUCGAUAG